CAACUCAUCUCUCUCUUCACGACUUCACACAUUUUUUUUGUUUUAGAAAAGAGAGUUCUCUUCUUUUAUAAAAACUCGUCUCCUCCGAUAGAGUUUUUUUUAUAUACACCACACAUACAUAGGGUUAGUAAGAAAUGGGUUUCUCUAGAGCAAAACGUGUUACCGAUCCACUAGCUGACGAGGUCAGGGCUCGUCUCGUUGGAUGCAGCUUCAGCAGCGGCAGUGAACACACCGGCGACGAAGACUACGAAGAUAAUUCUCCUUGUCUUUCCGAUCUUGUCCAAGGAUUCUUGGAAGAUGAAGUUAAUCAAACCGUUCAUGACGAUGAGGCACGCUGGUGUGACAAUGACUCUGAUUCAGACUCAGCUUCUGACUCGGAACAUGUCGACCUUCCCGAUAUGUCCGAAGAUAUUGCGAAAAUUUUAAAGAACUCUCUCAGGGAAGACAACUACGGACGCAUGGUGUUGCUUCACGUGGCUAGAGCGAUGGAAAUGCUGUCGUCUUUGGGAUCUGAUCAAGAACAGCGUGCCGUUUUGCGACGUAAGCUCAUGUCUCUUCUUAGAGAGCUCGGACACAAUGCUGCCAUCUGCAAAACCAAAUGGAAAUCCUCCGGUGGAGGACUCACUUCCGGUAACCACGAAUUUAUCGACGUGGUUUACACACCAACCGCCACGUCAUCUCAGACCGUACGUUACAUCGUCGACUUAGAUUUCAAGUCGCACUUCCAGAUUGCUAGACCAACGGUGCAGUACGCGCGUGUUCUUCAAUCACUCCCGGCGAUUUUUGUCGGACGAGGGGAAGAUCUGAAGAGGAUAUUAAGGCUGGUUUGCGAUGCGGCAAGGAUAUCGCUUAGGAGCCGUGGCCUCACGCUUCCACCGUGGAGGAAAAACCGUUACAUGCAGACGCGGUGGCUUGGUUCGUAUAAACGCACCACCAACUUAACGCCGUGUUCUCCCGCCGUUAACACCGUCAUGUGUCGUGCCAUCGGGUUUGAUAACGCCGUCGGUGGCCGUCUUUUUGUGCGGACUCGAUAAACUUAAAAGGAUAAAUGCCACGUGUCAGUUGAUAAAUCGUAAUUUUCCGUGAGAAUAAAUAAUAGUAAUUCAUUAGUUUAGAAUAAAACAAAUGUGAGAGCAAACGAACAAAUUAAAAGCGAAGAAAAAUCCGGAUUUUACGAAGAAUUAAACAAUUUUACGCGGAAAAUGAACAUUGUGAAGAAAAUCACAAAUGUUACAAGUAAUUAUCGGGUGUGACAGGGAAGUAGAUAUACGGUAAUAACUUAUCAUAGCCGUCAGAUCUCGUUCAAUAGUCAGAUGUCGCAGAUCAAAAAGUAGUAAAGUAAUAAAGAUAGAUAUCAUGGAUAUGGAUAUGGAGAUUACAUUGGAUAAUAUAUUAAUUAAUCAUGAUGUGUUGACGUGGCAAUAACACGUAACGUAGUUCUCAUGUACAUUGAAUGUGACUUGGCGUAAGAGGUCACGUCAAGGUCUAGGCGCAUGGGUCUGUCGUGUAGUAUCGACCACACCUGAUAAGAGCCACAGUAGACAGAACAAAAGUAGGAUAAUAAAAAAAAUUGGAGCACGUGGAAUAAGAUAAUGUUUAUCUAUAUUUUAACAUUUGUUUUUAUUCUCUUGUAAAAUGCGAAUAUUCGCUUUUCUUUUUCAGACCAGCCACAUUUUUAUCCACAACUGACCUAGCCCUUCUGUCCCGA